GGAAAAUGAGUGUUUAGAAAGUUUUUUAAUUGAGUAAAUACCGUGCAUACCGUCAGUUUAAGAUGAUGCACUCGAGUUUGGCCGGGAAGCCGGACCUCCGCAGGCCGGUGCAGGUGGAUGACAUUAAGAGAGAUUUACUGAGUGACUUUUCUGCUCUGCCACUACAGGUUAGUGCUGAAUUGCAGACAGAGAACCUGCAGGUUUUUCUCAGGGUUCGACCAUUUAUGUCAUCCGACAACGACUGUGCAGACUCACAGGAGUGUGUGGCCAUUGAGGGACCUGACACUGUGGUCCUGAAGGCUCCACGGUCAUAUCAGCCAAACCGACAGGGUGAGAAGCCCCUCCCACAGACGGCACAAAGGUUCACGUUUACCCAGGUGUUUGGUCCAGAGGCCACUCAGCGGAAGGUGUUUGAAGGUUCAGUUCGUGGUUUGGUCCAAGAUGUUUUGGAAGGAGGAAACUGCCUGGUCUUCACCUACGGAGUCACCAAUGCUGGAAAGACAUUCACCUUCGUUGGUCCAGAUCACGACUCUGGUCUGCUGCCCAGGUCUCUGUCUGUCAUCUUUAAUAGUAUCGGUGAGCGCCUGUACAGUCGCUGUGACCUGAAGCCUCAGCGCUGCAGAGAUUUCAGCAGACUGACCCCAGACCAGCAGGCAGCAGAGAUCACCAGCAAGAAGAACCUGUUCAGGCUGCUGAAAGAGAGUGAUAAAAAUUCAUUGACAAGUAGAUCUGCUCUUCUGGAAGCCUCCACAUUUAGCGGUGACGGUAGCAUGAACAGUACUUCAGAGGCCGACUCCUUCUGUUUGGGUGUCAGUGCAAAUAUCCGUUUCUCCGUCUGGGUUUCCUUUUGUGAGAUUUACAACGACAACAUCCAUGACUUGCUGGAACAGGUACCCAGUGGGAACCACAAGAGAACCGUUCUGCGUCUUUCCCAAGAUGUCAAAGGAAACUCCUUUAUCAAAGAUCUACGCUGGGUUCAAGUGGACAGCUCAGAGGAGGCCUACAAGGUUAUGAAGAUCGGCAAGAAGAACCAGAGCAUCUCCUCCACCAGACUGAACCAGCUGUCCAGCAGAAGUCACAGCAUCUUCUCCGUCAGGAUUGUCCAGGUGGAGGAUGUCGGUGUUCCCCGAGUCAUCGGCAUCAGCGAGUUGGCGUUGUGUGACCUGGCAGGCUCGGAGCGCUGUUCUCGCACUCAGAACAGCGGCGAACGUCUGAAGGAAGCAGGGAACAUCAACAGCUCUCUGCUAACGCUCGGGAAGUGCAUCAGCGCCAUGAGACUCAACCAGCAUGCCAAGUUCCGACAUCACGUUCCCUUUAGGGAGUCCAAGUUGACCCACUUUCUGCAGUUCUUCUUCUGUGGUUCUGGUCACGUCUCCAUGGUAGUCAACAUUAACCAGAGCGCUACCUGCUUCGAUGAAACGCUGAACGUCCUCAAGUUCUCUGCCCUCGCUCAGAAGGUUGUUGUACUAAAUUCCAGGCCAGCUCUUCUGGAUGACGCCCCCCAGAGGUCAGCCAUGGAAUUAUCUAUGAUCAUCAAUGACGCUGACCGUCGCAGAAAUGUUUCAGGACGAGGACGCAAAAGCUCACUUGUUGCCUGGGAGACUAGUCUGGAGGACGUGCAGGAGGAUGAGGAUGGUGAAGAGUGGGAGGAGGAUGAGGAGAGUUUGAAGGAGGGAACUGUACUGGAGGCAGGAGAUGAUGAGGAGGAGGAGCAGGAGGAGGAGAAGACAACGAUGGAUGUGGAUCAGGAUGAUGUGGAGUCAUCGCUGCGUUUGGUCCUGGAGACUCAGAUCAGAGAGGAAGUGUGUGCUGAGUUCAUGGAGCUCUACAAAAAGAUGGAGAAAGACUACAGUGAUCGCAUCGAGAGGGAAAGGGAGAUGUUGGAGGAGCGGGCAGAGAAGAGGAUCGAGAUCCUGAAGAACCUGGUCAACAAGACGCUUCCUGAGGCUUCCAUCCAAACUGUCAACACCAAGGAGGCAGACCUGGAGGGACUCAUCAGUGCAGUGACUGACGAUCUCCAGAGGAUCCGAGAAGAUGCUCAGAGCGUCCACCGCUAUCUGAGCGAACCUGUCAGUGACACGGAGCUGGAGGCCCUGCGAUUGGAGAAUCGUCAGUCACGUGACCAACUGCAGGAGGUGACAGAGAGUUUGAAGCAACAGCAGCAGAAGGUUUCAGAACUGAUUGACAUUUGUCAGCAGAAAGAUGAUAUCAUCAAUAAGCUCCAGGCGACCGUGGACAGCACUAUCGACGAUGCCACCAGAGAUAGGGCUUUGGUGGAGUCAAUCCGGUCUGAGCUUGUGCAGCUUCAGUUGAACUGUCGCUGCCUGACAGGAGGGGAUGAAGAGGACAAAAGUGAGAGGAGAAAACGCCUGCAUGAAGCUGUGGCAGAAGAAGAGCAGGAAGAAGGGAGGCCAGCCAGGAAGAGAGCAAUUUUAGAGGAGGAGAUCUGGAGACUGCAGGAGAUAAAUGACCAGAAGGAGGAAAUAAUCGUCCAGCUGCGACAAACAGAAGAAGUGUGGAAGGAUGAAAAGACGAGGUUGGAGGAAGAGCUGAGGAGAAAGGACCAGGAAAUGGAGCUGGAGAAAGAGAGGAUGCGGCUGGAGGAGGACCUGAGGAAGAGUGAGGAGGAGGCAGUGAAAGAGAGGACACGACUGGAGGAGAAGCUGAGGAGGAUGGAGGAGGAGGCGGGGAAAGAGAGGACACGGCUGGAGGAGGAGCUGAGGAGGAUGGAGGAGGAGGCAGGGAAAGAGAGGAUGCGGCUGGAGGAGGAGCUGAGGAGGAUGGAGGAGGAGGCGGGGAAAGAGAGGACAAGGCUGGAGGAGGAGGUGCAGAGGUUGACAGGGAGUCUGGAGCUCGAGUGUCCAAACUGUGACUCUCUGUUCUUUUCUCUGGAGUCGGAGCAAAGAGAAACAACCAGAUUGAUGAAGGAAAACAAAGCUCUGGUUAACGGCAUUUUCCAGCUCCAGACUGAGGUAGCCAGUCUGCAGAAGCAACUUAAAGAGCAGGUUGACACAUCUGCCAGCCUGUCAGAGAAGCUGAACAUGAACCAGACCUGCCUUCAAGCCCUGGAGAGCCAAUCAGAGGAGAAAACGAACAGCAUUAACACUCUGACAAAGCAAGUGGAAUGCCUGCAACAGGAACUUCAGGAGGAACAGCAGAGCAGCAGCAGUGUUUUUUCCUCCACCAUCGAGGAGCUGAUGAAGGAGUCCCAGGCAGCGCUGGAGAGAUCGGCACAGAAAUCAGAACAGCUUGAAGCCCUGCAGAGGGAAAAAACCCAACUGGAACGAACACUGUCAGACAGUGAGAAUAUGUCCAAGCAGCUAAAAGAGGAGAUGGCCAAUCAGACUGCACAGUUUUCUCACCAGCUGCAGAGUUUGAAGGUGGAACUUGAGCGAGUAGAGGAGGAGAGGAGGAGGGCGGAGCAAAUGGAGAAGGAAGAGCGGGGUCGAGUCAUUUCAGAGAAGGAGAAGCUUCUCAAGGACAGUCACAGAAAGAUAGAGCAGCUACAACAAGAACUGUGGAAUCUGAAGGAAGCUGACAAGCGGAGGAGGGAGAGGGUGGAGGCUGAGGAGAAGGAGAACAUGGUAGAGGAGAGGAAAGUUUCCAUUGUGGAGGGGCUGAAAGAGGAGCUUCAGAGACACCAGGAGAGGAGCAAGAGGAGGAGCAAAGAGUUUGAGUCUGGGAGGGGAAAGAAGGAUGGAGAGCAUCACCUUCAGGAACACAUGCAGAGUGUGCACCUCUCUCCUCUGCGGACCAACAUGGCAGACACUGACAGAACUCCCAGAACCACCAGAAAGAAGCGGAAGCGCUCAGAUGUGGAGGACCUGGUGUUCAGUGAGAACAAGAGAAACCGACUGAGAGCAAACAGUCGGAACAACAAAAUGUCUUCUGUGGUGAAGCAGAGAGACAUGGCUCUUGGUGAAUUGAUCCAAAGCUCGCCGUCUGGAUUAAGCUGCAAAGGUAAAAAUGUCAUUGGGCUGCUGAGCAAACAUCCCACAGAAAAGGAGAGCAUUACCACGUUGACCAAAGCCAAGCGAGGACGCAGGAAACUUUACAAGAUGGAUGUCACCGUGCCGCUGCUCGACUCUCCACACACGCCUGCAGAAGAAGCAGAUGUGGAGAAGGAGAGCGAUCAUGUAAUCAUAAAGAGACAGCUGCGAUCCAAAACCUCCAGGAAGUGAUGUCAUUACCUGGGAAGUGACAUCAUCAUGUGAAUAGAGAG